GAACGCUUUACUCUCCUGCUCUCCUGAAGUCUGAAACUCUAUGCCAUGAGUGACAACAGAGAGAGAUGUAGCACAGAAGGAGGCCAGGAGACGCUCAAACCCAACGUUAAGCCUCAGUAUGACAACUGCAAACAGACACCAAGGAAUCCAGAUAAACACAACCGGCCCCCGCGGAGGAGUCGCAGCAGCGAUGGGGAGCGGCGGAGCCGGCGGAGGGAACGAGAGAGGGAGCAUGGGGAGAGGAGGCAGCGUGGCCGGAGCGAGGAGAGGCACAGCCAUGGAAGACCUCCUUUCCAGCCCCCUGAGGAUAACCUGGAUGAGACAGAGUGCCCCGUGUGCUUCUGCUCCUACGACAACGUCUUCAAGACUCCCAAGCUGUUGGCCUGUGGCCACACGUUCUGCUUGGAGUGUCUGGCACGCAUCAACGUCACCUCGGCGGAAAUCAAGUUGCUCUCGUGCCCCGUAUGCCGGGAGGUGACGGAGAUCCGGCACGGGCGUGACCUGCCGCAGCUCGGCAACAACCAGGACAUUUUCCGUAAGCUGCCGCCGCAGAUGCAGCGGGCGCAGUCUGUGCGCUUCGAGCGCAGCAAGGGCAAACUGGUCCUCAAGAAAUCCUCCCCAGGAAGCAGCAAGAAGAGUACGACUCUGCCUGUGUUCCACAAGCAAAAGAGAGAAGGGCAUCUUGACCACAAUGUGCCUGUCAGGGCAAUGGAAGAGGGUCUUGCACCAGUUACCAUAAUAGACGUGGGGAGACCUCCCAACAGAGCGACAGGUCGCUUUAGGAGACUGUUCCGGUCCUACGGGUGCUACUACGCAGUGGUGAUCUUCAUCAUUGUGGUCGCUGUGUCUCUGUUGGUAGUGGGCAUCUUGACCUUUGUGGUGUUGCCAAAUCUGGCAGCUCUAACAGAUAAACCUUCACAUGUAACAAGUCCUCCACGUGGAACUGAAUCCCAUCCCCACAACAGUGAUGGGUAGUGGGAUGCACCAGUCAAGCUGAGGCAAGUACGAGCACGAGACUGCUAGUGCGCAUCACCAUACGGAUCUGCAGAUGGCCCUUGUCCUUUUGUUACCUUUUUCCUUUUAUGUAAGUGAAUAUCAGGAAAACAGAAUACAGAAUAUCAGGAAAAGACUGAAAGACUUUGGCAUGAUGCACUGAAGAUUGCACACCUCUUCUGAAUGCUCUGACCUCAAUAGAAUCGGAAGGGAUAAAUUCUAUUGGGCAGAGGAAAGAGCCUUAUGAUGAAUAUAGAUGAAGGAAGGGUCUUUA